ACCGGUUGCACCGUCGGCCGGAGGUCUCACAGCCUCACAGGUAUGAUUCCGGUUCCGGCAUUUAAAACAACAUACGACGGUGUGUGGUUAUCCGUUUACGAAAAAAAAGAUUCAGGAGGCUUCAAGAACUCCACGGUGGUUGCCACACAAGGGUUGAGAUCAAUCCCUGACCGCUCCCAACCCUCAAUCCAAGCAUAACGUUAAUUAUCAGAUACAGUUUAGUCGUCUUGAGAGACUCCUAGGGUCAUAUUCGGUGAUUUGGAAAUUAAGAUUUUUUAUCAGAAUCUUUCUGGGGAUGAGCAAGAGACCGCCGCCUGAUCCUGUUGCAGUAUUGAGAGGUCAUCGUGCUUCUGUUACGGAUGUUUAUUUCCAUCCAUCGAAAUCUAUACUCUUUUCUGGUUCUUCAGAUGGUGAGUUAAGGAUUUGGGAUACCAUUCAGCAUCGAACAAUUGCAUCUUCAUGGGUGCAUAGUGGUUCUCAUGGGAUUAUAUCUGUUGCGUGUAGUCCUUUGAUUGGAAGCGACAAAGUUAUCAGCCAGGGUAGAGAUGGAACUGUAAAGUGUUGGGAUAUCGGAAAUGGAAGUCUGUCCAGGGUCCCAUCUGUUACAAUCAAGACGAAUUCCUACCACUUUUGUAAGCUUUCCUUAGUGAAGAAGCCUUAUGAUAGUGCGAAGCAAGCUGCAUGGUCUAAACAUUACUGCGAGACCAGUGAUGACAUCGAAAAUGGAAGUUGUUAUGUUGAAGGUGUGCUCAAACUAUUGUCGAAGACAAUGAAGCUUGUCAUUUAUGGAUGUUUCUUCACCUGCACAUAUUCUAAUGUUGUGGCGUCGGAGAUUAAUUUGAUAAAUGAUGAUACAACUGCUGAAGGACCAAAAUAUGUUCUCAUGGCGGGGGAACAGCCUUCUGAGGUUGAGAUUUGGGAUCUCAAUACUGCAAAAAGGAUGGCCCAUCUACCUCAAUCAGGUGUUGGUGGCUCUAUUAAGGGGAGAGGCAUGUGCAUGGCUGUUCAAGCUUUUUUACCUCCAGAUUCACAGGGAUUCUUGAAUGUCUUGGCUGGUUAUGAGGAUGGUUCCAUGCUCUGGUGGGAUAUGCGGAAUCCAGAGAUUCCCUUAACUUCUUUGAAGUUUCAUAGAGAGCCAGUUCUAAGCCUUUGCAUUGAUGCAUCAUGCAAUGGGGGUAUCUCCGGAGCUGCAGAUGACAAAAUUUUGUUAUAUAGUUUGGAUCAUUCCAAGGGUUGUUUCAUGGUCAAGAGAGAAAUUAGCUUGGAGCGUCCUGGUAUCUCAGGCACCUCAAUUCGGUCAGAUGGCAAAAUUGCCGCAACCGCUGGUUGGGACCACAGGAUAAGGAUAUAUAACUAUCGCAAGGGAAAUGCUCUGGCAAUAUUGAAGUAUCACCAUGGCGUGUGCAAUGCUGUGUCGUUUUCAACUGAUUGUAAGCUUAUGGCCUCUGCAUCUGAAGAUACAACAGUUGGACUGUGGGAGCUCUAUCCUCCUCAGAAUUGACAUGGUACUCAUAAUUACUCACCUGCAAAUGGCUGGCUAUAGUUUCUGGUCUCUGACAUUUUUUGCAUCUGUUUCUCGUCUUUUUUUUAUGAAGUCUGAUAAAUUAGUUUGAUGCAUUUCUGCUGUUUUUAGGUAGGAUGUUUUGGUGUAAAUGUAAUUAGAUAAUACUAAAAUGCUUUUACUAGCGUUUACAUCAUUUAUAAUUUAACACCCCUUUUCUUAGGAUGAAAAAUAAUAGUCCUUCAAGGAGAAUAAAUAGAAGCAUUUGGAACUUUUGUUCUCUA